GAAGUCAGGAGGUCAGAGCCUACGACAUCAUUCAUCGUCCUAGAAAACUACUGCAGAAAUCGUGUAAUAAAAGGAUAAUAAUCUCCUCUCGGAAGAUUCCUAAAUUCUGUGGCUGUCGAUCGCCGACCCAUGGCCUACUCUUCGAUCUCCGGCGGCACGGAGACCCCACUACUUGACGACACCGUCGACGGUUUCGCCGACCACAAGGGCCGUCCAGCGAGGAGAUCGAGCUCCGGCGGGUGGCGAUCCGCGUCCUUCAUCAUCGGAGUCGAGGUUGCGGAGAGGUUCGCCUACUACGGCAUAGGGUCCAACCUCAUAAGCUUCCUUAUCGGGCCACUGGGCCAGUCUACCGCCGCCGCCGCCGCCAACGUCAACACAUGGUCCGGCACCUCCACGUUGCUGCCGCUGUUGGGAGCUUUUGUGGCGGACACGUAUCUCGGCCGCUAUUACACCAUCAUUGUUGCUUCCCUUAUCUACAUACUGGGGCUAGGCUUGUUAGCAGUAUCUGCUGUGCUUCCUUCUGCGAGCCCUUCUGAAUGCCAAAAAAAUGAUGAAAUCGCUUCUUGUUCUCCUCCUCAGCUACAAGUAAUCCUCUUCUUUUUCGCUCUAUAUCUUGUAGCAGUUGGGCAAGGUGGGCACAAGCCCUGUGUCCAGGCUUUUGGAGCUGACCAGUUUGAUGGACAAGAUCCAGUGGAGGGCAAAUCCAAAAGCUCAUUCUUCAACUGGUGGUACUUCUCUAUGUGCUUUGGUACUCUAAUAACUCUCUUCAUCUUGAACUACAUUCAAGACAACCUGAAUUGGGGUCUUGGAUUUGGAAUCCCCUGUAUUGCCAUGGUGAUUGCACUACUUGUUUUCUUGCUUGGGACCAAGACAUACCGGUAUAGUGUCAAUGGAGAUGAGAAAAGCCCAUUUGUGAGGAUUGGUCAGGUGUUUGUUGCAGCAGCUAGAAAUUGGAGGACAACUGAUUCGUCUCUAAAUUUUGAAGAGGUAGCUCGAGGAACCCUACCUCACCAAGGUUCUCUGCAGUUCAGGUUUCUUAACAAGGCCUUGCUUGCACCGGAUGGUUCCAAGGACAAUGGCAAGGUGUGUAGUGUCAGUGAUGUUGAAGAAGCAAAGGCGGUUCUGAGGCUCUUUCCCAUAUGGGCUACGUGUUUGGCCUACGCUAUUGUGUUUGCACAGUCAUCGACUUUCUUUACCAAGCAAGGAAUUACUAUGGAUCGAUCACUCGGAUCAGGGUUUGUGAUACCAGCAGCUUCACUUCAGUCCUUUAUCACCCUUGCCAUUAUCAUCUUCAUCCCCAUAUACGAUCGCAUUUUUGUUCCCAUUGCAAGAUCAUUAACCAGGAAACCAUCUGGCAUAACAAUGCUUCAGAGGAUCGGAACUGGGAUUUUCUUAUCUUGCAUCUCCAUGGUAAUUGCAGCCCUGGUUGAGAUGAAACGGCUCAAAACCGCUGAAGAAUACGGAUUGAUUGAUAUGCCAAAGGUGACGGUUCCAAUGAGCGUGUGCUGGUUGAUUCCCCAAUACAUCUUGUUUGGAGUUUCGGACGUGUUCACCAUGGUUGGUCUGCAGGAGUUUUUCUAUGAUCAGGUCCCAAAUGAAUUAAGGAGUGUCGGCCUCGCCCUCUACCUCAGUAUCUUCGGUGUAGGGAACUUCCUGAGCAGUUUUCUCAUCUCUGUCAUCGACAAAACAACUAAUGGAGAUGGCCAAGGUAGCUGGUUCAAUGAUAAUCUUAAUCAGGCACAUCUUGAUUACUUCUACUGGCUGCUGGCCGGGCUCAGUGCAAGGGCUCCAACUUUGGACGACACUGUAGAUGGUGCCGUCGACCACAAAGGAGACCCAGCCAAGAGAUCCUUCUCAGGUGCCUGGAAAUCUGCGUAUUUCAUCAUAGGCAUGGCAGUUGUGGACAGGUUUGCUUUCAAAGGUAUAGAAACCAACCUUAUAAACUACCUCACCGGAUGGCUAGGGGAGUCCACCGCCGCUGCAGCUGCCAACGUGAAUACAUGGUCCGGGACUGCGACUUUAUUGCCUCUCUUAGGAGCUGCCAUUGCAGACUCUUAUCUUGGUCAAUAUCGCACCAUUGUUAUUGCUUCUCUUACCUACAUCCUGGGACUAGGCUUAUUGACUGUGUCUUCUGUGUUUACUUCUGGGAGCUCUUCCAACUGCAAAAACAGCAACAAAACAACGUCCUGCUCUCCUUCUCAGCUCCAAGUAGUCUUCUUCUUUUUCUCAUUGUAUGUAGUAGCAAUUGGGCAAGGUGGGCUCAAGCCUUGCCUCCAAGCAUUUGGAGCUGAGCAAUUCGACCAACGAGAUCAAGAGGAAUGCAAAGCCAAAAGCUCAUUCUUCAACUGGUGGUUUUUUGGUCUGGCUGGUGGUGUUUCAGUAAGUUACUUGAUUAUGAGCUACAUUGAAGACAACGUUAGUUGGAUUCUUGGAUUUGGAAUCUCUUGCCUUUUCAUGGUGUUGGGGCUGCUCAUUUUCUUGUUCGGGACUAGGACUUAUAGGUAUAGUAUAAAAAAGAAUGAGAGAAGCCCAUUUGUGAGAAUUGGUCGGGUUUUUGUUGCAGCAGCCAAGAAUUGGAAGACAACCCCUCCAGUGGAAGCUACAGAAAACCUUCCCCCUUACCAAGGUUCAAACCAGUUCAAGUUUCUCAACAAGGCAUUGCUUCUGCCAGGGGGGUCUGGGGAAAAAGGAAAGGCAUGUAGCCUCAGUGAUGUUGAAGAAGCAAAGGCAGUACUAAGGCUGUUUCCCAUAUGGGCCACAUGUUUGGGGUAUGGUAUUGUGCUUGCACAGCCACCCACUUUGUUUACCAAGCAAGGAACUACACUAGAUAGAUCAAUAGGUUCAGGCUUUCACAUACCAGCAGCUUCACUUCAAUUUUUUAGGGCCCUCACGGUUCUCAUCUUCAUUCCUAUAUACGACCGCAUAUUUGUCCCGAUUGCUAGAUCUUUAACCAGAAAACCAUCUGGCAUAACAAUGCUUCAGAGAAUCGGAAUUGGGAUAUUUUUAAUUGCCAUUACCAUGGUAAUUGCAGCCCUAGUUGAGUUGAAACGUCUGAAAACUGCUGAAGAAUAUGAGCUGCUUGAUAUGCCAAAGACGACUCUUCCUAUGAAGGUGUGGUGGUUGAUUCCCCAAUUUAUUUUCUUAGGAAUUUCUGACUCAUUCACCAAUGUUGGAAUUCAGGAGUUUUUCUGUGACCAGAUCCCUAGUGAAUUGAGGAGUGUUGGCGUGUCCCUCCAACUAAGUAUCGUUGGCUUGGGGAGGUUGCUGAGCACCUCUCUGAUCUCUGUCAUUGGGAAAAUAACUAGUGGGGAUGGACGAGAUAGCUGGUUUAGUGACAAUCUCAAUCGGGCACAUCUUGAUUACUUUUAUUGGCUACUUGCUGGAGUCACUGCAAUAGGAUUGGCUGUCUACAUGUUUUUCGCCAAGUCUUACAUUUAUAAUAGUACAACAUGAGUGCACUUAAUUUUGUUAUUAUUGCACCCAAUACUAGAAGCAUUUUCUUCAACAUUUUACCUUAAGUGCGUAUCGCUGUAGUGUAAUGUUAAUGACGUGGAUGUUAUGUUCGGGUUUAUCUC